AUGGCAUCGACUAACACGAUCCUCGAUGGCGUGAAUUGGUAUAUUCCUUUGCCGGAAGAGGAAAUUCACGAACUCGUUGGAAAUAUAGCUUCGCUUGUCAAACCCUUAUUGGCAGUAAAAGGAACACUUCCUAGCACCAUUGCACGUCAUAUCAACAGAUACUACGUCAUGAUCCGCUACUCCAGAAACUCCCCCCCACAGCUGCAAGGUGAACAGGGGGUGGAGGCAUUUCUCUACAAUUUCUAUGGAUGUAUUUUCUACAACGCACAGCAAACUAGCUUCCACGACGAAGGCCAAUAUUUACUGGCCCAAUUAAUUCUUGAGCUCCGCAAGCUUGAUAUCAUGUCAAUGCGAAUAUGGGAAGACGACGUUCUUGAUCAUUCACAGAAACCAAUACUUGCGAGCACGACGUAUGCUGCAUGGGCUAAGGCCAGGGUGUUCGAGGACGGCAGAGUCCAGCCAAAUCAUGAUGAGAGCGAUCUGGACAGCGAUGUUGACAUAGAUCCCGACAAGUCUACACAAAAACCCGAAGACCGUUGUGAUAUGUUUGUGAACCUCUCCGCCUUCAUCGCCCGUUGUAUACGAUAUGGGGUCUUGCGACUCGAUCGAUGGAGGGAGGAAGACCGAUUUCACUAUGUUUUGAAUUAUCCCACUCAUGCCUUGCGUGACUUCUUUCUGAUGGCCGAUCCCCUUGCUACGAUGCAAGACUGCAAAGCGAUGGUAUGUGCCAUCUACAUAAUCAUAGCAGGGGAGACUAUCCGCGCGCACGUUAUCCGAGAAUCUUGGAUCAGAGGUAUGGGCGCAACACGUGCCGCCACCGGCGCGUCAUUCUUCUUCGUCCGUUAG